CCCAAGCCCCCAAUAACUCUGAACCCAGCGUAUCCAGCCCAAAACUCAACCAGUUUGACCCGACUCAUUUACCCAUUAACCACCUUCAUCGAGCAAAACCCUAAAACUACAUACCUCAUAUAAACGUCAAGUUUUCUGCAUCCGCUUAACCCUUUGUGUGAACUUCAGUCAUCUCUUUCUCCGAGGCUCAACCACAGCAAAUCCAAAAUGGUGAAGGGUAGUCGUCAAGGAGAACGCGUCAGGCUCUAUGUCAGAGGAUCAAUUCUCGGCUACAAGAGGUCGAAAUCGAACCAAUACCCAAACACUUCAUUGAUUCAAAUUGAGGGAGUUAACACUCAAGAAGAAGUUGCCUGGUAUUUAGGGAAGAAAUUGGCAUACAUUUACAAGGCUCACACUAAGAAGAACGGUUCACACUAUCGUUGCAUUUGGGGAAAGGUCUGCAGACCUCAUGGUAACAGUGGUGUUGUUCGUGCUAAGUUCAAGUCCAACCUUCCUCCAAAGUCUAUGGGUGACAAAGUCAGAGUCUUUAUGUACCCCAGCAACAUUUAAGAGGCUAUAUAUGCAAUAUGGUGAACCCAUGAAUUGUGGACUAGUGCUAGCUAUUCACUGGGGAGAUCCAAGAAGAGCCAUUUUCCUUUAUUUAUCUAGCUUGUAGGAUUGUGUUAAAGUUUUCUUGGUUCUGAAACCUGAACAUUUGGAUCUAAUGUUACUAGUUUGAGUAUACUGCUUGUUUUUUGUUCGAUAUUAAAGAGUGAUUUUCCAUGAUCAUUUUAUAUUCAAGUUUCAAUUUACUUUCUUAUGUUGAACUCCACCUA